GCAAGUGCAGUUUUCAAUGAAUAUUGUAUGUGGGCUCCCCGCUUUGGGUGCUCAUCUUUUGAAUCCGCGCGUCGAGCUGGAGGAGGAAGGCAUCCUGGAUGAGCACAACACCAGAUGAUGGAAUUUCUCCCAGAGACCGCAGCAGCUGCUCGACCAACACUGUCUGCCCCCUCCUCCGAGGAUAGAUAAGAGAGAAAGGAGAGCAGGGGAGACUGUCACAGCAAGGAAAAGAUGUUCUGCGCGAAGCUGAAGGAUCUGAAGAUAUCAGGAGAGUGCCCGUUCUCCAGCAGCGCCCAAAAUAAUCAGCUCGGAGACUUUGAGGAGCGCUCCACUGACGCCGCGGAUUUAUUGCCUAUUUCUAAGGACGUGCAUGGAAAAACAGGCGAGGAUCUACCUCAACAGAAGAGCAGCAGAGCCAAAGUUAACCUGCACACACUUGGGGACAGCAUCCGUAAAUUGGCAUGUCCUGAGUUUCAGAGGCUGCACACUGCCCUGCAACGAAUGAUGAGACUGUCAGAUCACAGCAGGGACCCUGAGAGUCCAAUUACGUGCUCUAUGGACUUUCAGAAUUGCAGAGAUGACCCGGAUCAUUUGGUGGAAAUGAUGAACAUUUACUCAUCCAAUAAAGGAAUCCAGAUGGAAUCUGUGAAAGUGGCUCUCGGCGAGGAGCUCUUCAACAUGUGCUAUGAGCAGGAUGGACACAUUUUGCGAGUGGUGGGGGGCGCUCUCCACGACUUCCUCAACAGCUUCAACAUCUUGUUGAAACAGAGCAGCAUGCAGCCCAGCCCGGACAGAGAGGAUUGUGUAAACGAACCUUCGGUCUUGUGCUUAGACAAAGAUCUGGGUCUGCUUACUGUCUAUUUCUUCAACCCCCGCCCGACCACUGAGCUCUUCUUCCCCGGAGUCAUCAAAGCUGCUGCCCGCCUGCUGUAUCACACCACUGUGGAUGUGUUGAUGGACCCCCCCGCUGCUAAAGACAGCAUCCUGCAGUCCAGCCCGCAGCCCAGUCUUCUGUACACAGUUGUAGUUAAAGAUGCUAAAAACCUGAGCCCCAGUCCCCUGCGAGCAACGUCAGCAGGGACCCUUCCUACCUCUCUGUUCUCUACCAUCUUCCCCUUCCAUCUGAUCUUAGACCCAGAUCUGAUUCUGGUACAAAUAGGACACGGGCUCAGGAAGAGACUGAGCAGGAAGGAUGGCUUGAGGCGGUCUGCUACCUUCCAAGAACACUUCUCUAUCGUCUCCCCCCAGAUCAAGUGUACCUUUCAGGGUAUCCUGACCAUGCUGAACACGCAGUUUCUCUUACGGAUCAGGCACGGAGACUCCUCUACAGAUAACACGAGGAAGCUUAUGGACCUCAAAGGUCAGAUGAUCUACAUGCCAGAGUCCAAUGCCAUCUUGUUCCUAGGCUCACCUUGUGUGGACAAGCUGGAGGAGCUGACAGGCCGCGGCCUCUAUCUGUCAGACAUCCCCAUUCAUAACGCACUGAGGGACGUGGUGCUGGUUGGUGAACAGGCCAAAGCACAGGACGGUUUGAAGAAACGUUUGGGCAAGGCCAAAGCAGCGCUGGAGCAUGCUCACCAAGCGCUGGAGGAGGAGAAGAAGAAGACUGUGGACCUCCUUUUCUCCAUCUUCCCCGGUACUGUGGCGCAGCAGCUGUGGCAGGGUCAGACAGUGCAGGCCAAGAAGUUUGACCGAGUCACGAUGCUCUUCUCUGACAUUGUGGGCUUCACUGCUGUUUGUUCACGCUGCACCCCGAUGCAAGUGAUCACCAUGCUCAACGAGCUAUACACCCGUUUUGACCACUCCUGUGGAGAGCUCGAUGUGUAUAAGGUAGAGACAAUCGGUGAUGCGUAUUGUGUUGCUGGUGGUUUACACAAGGAGAGCGAGACCCACGCUGUCCAGAUCGCUCUCAUGGCCUUAAAGAUGAUGGAGCUUUCAGACGAUGUUAUGACACCGACUGGAGAACGAAUACAGAUGCGUAUAGGCCUCCACACUGGUUCAGUGCUGGCUGGUGUAGUUGGGGUGAAGAUGCCACGUUACUGCCUUUUCGGGAACAAUGUCACACUGGCUAACAAGUUUGAAUCUGGCAGCCAACCCAGAAAAAUCAACAUCAGCCCAACAACCCACAGACUGCUGAAGGAUCGCCCAGAGUUUGUCUUCAUUCCCAGGAGCAGACAGGAGCUUCCGGCCAACUUCCCCGAGGACAUCCCUGGUGUUUGUUACUUUUUAGAGGCGUCCUUCAAAACUUCAGAACUGACUCUGAAAUAAAGUCAGGCUGUUGCAGAGCCACAAAAAAAAUGUUUCAACAUAAAUGUAUCCAGUGAACACAGUGCCAACACCUUGUGUACUUUGGUUUGGGUUGUUUAGAUAUUGAUGACAUUGUCUUUCAGUGGAACUCCUGCAGCUUCGGAUUACAGAGAUGUCAUUUUGCUGUCAAACAUGAGUACAGUUAUGUAUUUGUGAAGAUGUAGCGGAGAUUUUAAAAAUCCUUCCUUUAUUUUUCUUCCAGAGCAAGUCAUCUCUGAUAACUCAUGCUUUAAAAAUGUAUCUAUCUAAGUUUCUAUAUACUGUUAAUGAAAGGUUUUAGACUGUUUUUGUCAUUUUCACACUGAUAAGCUUCAAAAUAUGUAACACAAACAGAAAUUGUGGCUCAUUUUUUUAAAAGUUCUGUUCUAAAAGUGCUGUAAAAGUUUUAAGCAAAUCAUCAUCUUGUAUUAUUUUGAUUUGACACAAUUUGAUCCUCAAUGUGAUGUUACUAAAAUAAGUGGUUCAUUCAGUCAAGCUUGUUUGGUGAAAACAUGGGACUAGCUAUUCACAAAUGUCCAGGACAGGUUCCUACUAAAGCACCUUGGGAUGUUGGAACAAAGAAAAAGCUUCAAACUGAGUUUCAUGACAAAUAAUAUGGAAAAGCCAAGGCUUUUAAAAGAUUGAAACUUACUUCUUAAUCUGAGUUUCAGCCCUCUCUUUGAAUAAUGUAUGCAGAGCAGAUACAGGUGCCUUAUGAAUGCUACGCAGGCAGAAUUGCAGCUAAGAAAUCGUUUGUUCAUUUUACUUGAUUUUUGUUUGUUUGUAUAUGGUUCAAUAUAAAUUUAUGUGCUAAUAACUUCUUCCAGAGUUUUGUGGUUUCAGCUCAGUAUAUAUUUGUAAUAACAUGAAACAUAGACUUCCAUUUAUGAGACAUGAAGCAUUCCUGAUAUAAGUAAUGUAAAUGUAUUUUUUACUUUUUCAAAUGUACACAUGUUUAUACUGUAUUUAUUACAUUGCACACCUUUGCUAUACAACAGGAAAACCACACAACCAGAAUCCAAUGAAUGUUAUAUAUUAUCACUCAUAAUGAUGUGUUUUAAUCAUUAUUGAAAUGUAAUCAAUGCACAAUAAAU